AAAAAUUUGGCGGAAAAAGUAUCAAAACAAAACAUCUUGAACCAAAAAUUUAAAGUUUUUCUGUCGUCAUGGACUCUACUGUCUCAAUAUCGAAGGGCGUUUUCGUGUUCAAAAAUGGAGCAACCUCUGCCAAAACUCCAAAAAAGUCAAAAAAAUCUGCUCCAAUUAUUUCCAGCAGUCUUCUCGAUGCCAAAACUACUUCAGCGCCAUGGUAUCAAGCCUACUCGUCUCUCUGGAAUCAGCUAAAUACCAAAAUUGAGGACCUCCAAAAGGAAAGUUACAACAAAAUCUACAACGAUCUCAUUAAAUUCAUGCAGGAAAGUGAUUCUUUGGACAUCGAUACAAUUCCGACAGCUGCUCUCCUCACGGGUAUCAAUCAAUCGGAUCACAUUGCCCAAUUCAACAAGUUAUGCAAGAAGCUUGAGUCUCAAUUAGAUGCCCUCAUCAUCGUUUUGGAGUCGCGUAAUUGUCCCACGUCGAAAGCCACAAUCGAAUCUCUCAUCACGUCCUUCAUGGAAGCCGGCAACGAUGAAGUGGAAAAACCUAAACGGCACCAACUCAAUUUGUGGUGCUUCCAAAAGUGGUAUGAGCGGGAAUAUGGCAGCGAUAGACCGCAACUGGUCGUUAUGAUGCCCGAUUUCGAGGGUUUUGUGCCCGAAGUGUUGCAAAAUUUGAUUCUUGUGUUGCACGGAUAUCGCGAGACGUUGCCUUUUGUGUUUGUUUUUGGUGUGGCGACGUCGUUUGCGGCAAUUCACGAGACGCUGCCCUUUAAUGUCACGAAUAAAAUUACCGUAAAGGUCUUUCAAGCGGAUCCAUCUCCCGUAAUUUUGAAUAAUGUCAUUGAUCAAGUGCUCCUGUCGCCCGAUUGUCCAUUCCAUUUGUCCGGCACGACUUUUCGGAUGCUCACGGAUAUUUUUUUGUUUUAUGAUUUUUCGGUGCAUGGAUUUGUGCAGGGAUUCAAGUAUUGCAUGAUGGAACAUUUUAGUCAAGGUAACAUUUAUGCGCUUUGUUCGAAGGAGCUGGACAAGGAAAAAAUCAUCAAAGAACUGACAAAAGAGGAUCUCGAGGCGUUGCGUCAUUUGCCUUCGUUUCGAAGAUUUGUGGAGACGAGAGAUGAUCCGAGAGUCGUUAUAAAAUUGUUAACGAACGAUGAUUAUCUUCGAGCUUACCUGCCGAGCUUAAUUGAAUAUUUGCAGCGAUUCUGGCAGAAUUUUCAUUGUUCGUUGGAGAUGUUGCAUCAGUUGUGUGCGAAUCUUCCGAAAGCGCCAUAUGGCAAGCAUUUACGUGAACUGUAUCGUACCGCAAUGUCUAUCGAAGUAAGUGAAGGACCAGAAUUCAAGGAAAUUCUUCAACUCUUAACAUUCAUGUCCAAAGAUGAGAUUCUCGACAAAUUCCGCGCAGUUUUAAAAAUCCUUGAAAAAUAUCACAUCUCAGAGCAAGCUGUCGACCUAAAAAAUUUACUCGAAAAAAGUAUUACUGACAUUGCCUCAGCUUCGAUGCACGUUCCCGAACCUGAAACAAAAACCGAUCAAAGUCCCGCCACAAAAUCCCUCGCUGUCACGAGUCGUUUCGAGUUGAAAGCCAAACUGCUCGAAGCUGCCAAACAACCAAAAGCUGUGUCGCCCUACAUGCAACUCCUGUCCCAAACAAUAAACGACAUAAAAAAUUUCAUUUCGGAAAAUUUGCUGCCAUUAUCGAAGGCACCGCCAUUCGUCGAGCUGUUUGUAUUUACGGACCACCUUGCGAUCAAGCGACACAUCAUGGGAGCACCUCGUGCCGCCAUCCAUCAAGCUUUGAAUAAUCCCGCGCACUAUUUGCAGUGCGAAUGUUGCGAACUCGAGAACGACGACACGAAAUUGCUGCCAACGAUGCCGGAUGUCUCGAUUGUGUACAAGUUGCAUUUGGAAUGUGGCAAAAUGAUAAAUAUGUUUGAUUGGUUGCAAUCGUUCAAAAUUGUGGUCGAUGAGAAGCCAAUCGAUGCCGAUGAGGAGGACGAGGACGACGACACGACAGUAGAUCCGAAAAUUCAGGCGCGAUUCACACGAGCAGUUGCCGAGUUGCAGUUUUUGGGAUUCAUUAAGCCGACAAAGAAAAAGACUGAUCACGUUCAGAGACUCACGUGGUAGAAAUUGCUUGUUAAUUUAUUUCUUUUUAAAUAAAAUUCGUUUUUUUUCUCUCCUGGA